UUUUUUUUUCUUCAGAAUCAAAAGAAUUUUUUUUUCUUCUCUUUCUCCAAAACAUUUGAUUUCAAAAACCUUUACCCUAAGAUUUUUUGCCGAUGUCAGCUUCAUUAAAUCGCCGCCGGCUAAAAGAUGUAAACACCGGCGCCGGAGAUAAUCCAUCUGCCGGUAUAAAACCAUCGAGGUCUGUAACUCCACUUCCGAUCUCUAUCAAAAAUCCUAGUCCCGCUCUUGAGAAAUCACUGUCCAGCAAAAAAAAUCCGAAUCCGAAGCUUAGUCAUCACCGGUCAUUUGGAUCGAAUCAGAAGCCAGUGCUUAGUCCUGUUCCGCGGAUCGAUAAGUCCGCCGUGAGAGGUGAGGGUCGGGUUACGCGAUCCACGUCUUCUGGUUUGCGAGGUAGGAGCUCUAGCCCAUCUGAUUUGAUUAGGGUUUUCUCUGAUUUGAGAAAGAGAAAUGAAUCUAGGGUUAUUGGGGGAAAGGGUGAAUCGGAUCAGGAGGAUAAGAAAUCUGGGUUCAAACAGGGUGAGAGUGAGGAUAAGGUUGGUUUUGUAAUCUGUGAUUCAACUAGGGUUUGUGAAGAGACUAGUGUUCCAGUGAAAUCAAGCAAAAUUGAGGAUUCUAGCUUGGCCAGAAACUCGAUUUCUGAUGCUAAGGCACAUGCUUUGCUUGGUUCUGGAGACAAAUCUGCUGUUAAAGUUGAAAAGAUUGUGAAAGGUGGUACUACUAGUGUAGGUUUAAGAAGGAAGUCUUUGGAUAAUGUUGGCAAGGCAAUGGAGAUGUCAAAGGAGAUCAGAGGGCAUGAAGGAAGUAGCACCAAUAGCUCUAGUAAAUACCCGAGUAAGCUGCAUGAGAAGCUUGCUUUUCUUGAAGGAAAGGUUAAGAAAAUUGCAUCAAAUAUCAAGAAGACUAAGGAUAUGCUGGAUUUGAACAACCCGAAUUCUUCUAAGGUUAUAAUCUCUGAUAUACAUCAUAAGAUCACAGGGAUUGAAAAGUCUAUGAGCCGUGUUAUUGAUGGUCCAGAGAAGAACAAAGCUACUCAGCUGACGAAACCGAAAGCCUCCUCGGUUAAAGGAUUAAAUAAGGAUGAGCUGGAAGACAGACUCUUUCCUCACCAGAGGUUGCUUAGGAACAGAACUCAUUCCAAAUCAUCUUCACAUGUUUCAACAGGCCAUGAUUCUGCUGAGUCCAACCAGGCAGUAAAUGUUGAAGAAAAGCCCUCAGCUCCUGUUGAGGAGAAUGCGAUAGCUCUAGAGUUCUUGGCCUCACUUGACAAGGAAAAUGUCACAUCUAUGAGUGACCAAAAUGCACUAGAAAAUCUGGAAGUGCAGGAAAUGGAUAGAGAGGAACCGUCAAAGGAAAAUGAUGCUUCAAAAGGCGGCAAUCUGACUUCCAACUUAACUGAAAUUCUCAGAGCAAAGGAAGCCCUUGAGGAAAUUGAUGAUGAAAAAAAUAGGGAGGAAAUGGAGCUGGAAGAGGUAGAUGAUGGAUGCAUGCAUCAACUCAAUGACAUUGGGUCUAAAAUUUCUACAGGAGGAUGGUUUGUAUCAGAGGGCGAGGCAGUUAUACUUGCUCAUGGUGAUGGCUCAUGUUCUUAUUAUGACGUCGCUAACUCUGAGGUGAAAGCUGUGUACGGUCCUCCAGAUGGUAUCUCACCAAACACUUGGAGAGAUUGCUGGGUAGUUCGUGCACCGGGUGCAGAUGGCUGCUCAGGCAGAUAUGUCAUAGCUGCUUCUGCUGGGAAUACCUUAGAGUCUGGCUUUUGUUCAUGGGAUUUCUACACGAAAGACAUUAAAGCAUUUCACAUCGAGGAUGGAUCUUCAAAAUUUUUAAGAACAGCUCUUGCUCCCCUACCCAAUAACAGAUCACAUGGUAGGAACACUCCGGCUUGUGCAGUUGUACCAGAAACUCAACAAUGGUGGUACAGACCAUGUGGUCCUCUUAUAGCCUCAACUGCUAGUUUCCAAAGCGUAGUUAAGGCUUUUGACAUACGAGAUGGGGUGCAAAUCAUGAGAUGGGGGCUGCAGAAUCCUGUGUCAGAUUUAGAUUAUUCGAGUCCUUUACAAUGGAGGAAUCGAGGAAAACUUGUUAUAGCAGAAACUGCAGCAAUUUCUGUUUGGGAUGUCAAUUCCCUUCACCCUGAAGCACAGCACACCAUUUCCUAUUCAGGGCAAAAAAUCUCAGCUUUUCAUAUCAACAACACAGAUGCUGAAGUUGGAGGUGGUGUUCGUCAAAGAGUAAGUUCCUUGGAUGCUGAAGGCAACGAUGGAGUUUUCUGCACUAGUGAUUCAAUUAACAUCUUGGAUUUUCGCAACCCAUCUGGCAUUGGUGCUAAAAUCCCCAAAGUUGGUGUUGAUGCUCAAUGUAUAUCAUCUCGAGGAGAUUCAGUAUUUCUAGGAUGUACCAAUCAGAAAUCAACUGUUAAGAAACACAUGGCUUCUUCAUCUCAAGUUCAGCAAUUCUCCAUAAGGAAACAGCGUCUCGUGAGCACAUACAGUCUGCCAGACUCUAACUCUCACCCGCAACACUCUGCAAUAACUCAAGUAUGGGGAAAUUCAAAUUUUGUCAUGGCUACUUCUGGUAUGGGACUUUUCGUUUUUGAUACUGCAAAAGAGGAGACAUUGCAACAGCCUUUAACAAGUGACUAUGGAAGCCUUCAAACUGUAAGAGAGAAUAUCGGACCAAACGAUAUGUAUUGCCCUUCAUUCGAUUACUCAGGUUGUCGUGUGCUCCUCAUCUCGAGAGACCGCCCGGCUUUAUGGAGAUACCUCUUAUAGGUAAUUUUUCAGAUGAGUAAAUCAAAGCUAAGAUGGUGUUCCCACGAUCAGUUGAUUCUUCAGAACUGAGCCUAUUUAGGCAAGUGUUAGCACAGCUGGUGCUGCUUUUCUUGUGUUGUGUUUUUACUUUUGCUCUCUGUUACUAACUAUGAUGGUUUUCUGAAUUUUCCUUUCAUGGGUUUUGGUUUAUUUGACUUCAGUCUGUACAUACAUCUGGUGUUUUUAUCAAUUUCAGAGGUUUCUUCCCUAAUUUGUCUAUAUAAAAAAUAGCUAAAUCAUCGCUAUUUACGAUAUCAGUUUUUCAACUUGUGAA